AUGGAUAAAGGGAAGAAGAUACAGAUUAGGAGAGUGUUUGGAUAUUGCUGGGGCACAAGUUUUUUAGUCAUUAAUAUCAUGGGCAUGGGAAUUUUUGUGGCUCCCAAAGGAGUAUUGUAGUAUUCUAGCAUGAAUGUGGGGUUCUCUCUAUGCAUUUGGGCUGCCUGUGCAUUAUUGUUCCUCAUGACCACUCUCUGCACAGCUGAGAUAGGUAUAACAUUUCCAUGUAGUAGAACUCACUACUGUUGUCUCAAGAGAUGCUUUGGCAACUUGAUGUCUUUCCUCCAUCUCGGGACAACCUUGUUUCUGGGGCCAGGGAUAGCUGCCAGUCAAGCCCUGCUCCUCACAGAGUACAGCAACCAGCCCUUUUAUCCCAGCUGCUCUGCUCCAGAAAUGCCAAAAUGUCUGGCACUGGCCAUAUUGUGGUUUGUGGGAAUUCUGAACGCUUAUGGUGUAAAAGAGGUGAGUUGGCUUCAGAUGGGCAGCACUGAGCUGAAAUUGGCCAUACUUGGCUUUAUUUCUCUAAGUGGAGUGGUGUUGCUGGUAAAGGGGAGGACGGAGAACCUAGAAAGACUGCAGAAUGCUUUUGAUGCUGAGUUUCUAAUCUCUCAGAUUAUGGAAGAUGAUUUCCAAGGAUAUUUUGCAUAUUCAGGUGUAGGAUGUUUUACAUUUAUAGCAGGGGAGAUGAAAGACCCCAGAAAGAUAAUUUCAAAAUGCAUAUUUACUACAUUACCUCUGGUGACUAUCAUUUUUUUACUGGUUAACAUUUCCUACCUGACUGUUCUGACACCCAAGGAAAUUAUCUCUCCAGCUGCUGUGGCUACCACAUGGUUUGCUGCAGUUACCCCUUCAUUGACAUGGUUUAUUCCUUUUGUAAUUUCUGCCUCAUUAUUUAGCAACCUUCCUAUUAUUGUAUUUGAAUUAUCAAGUGACUUUAUGGCAGGGCAAGAAGGCCAGCUAUCUUUGUUAUUUAAUAUGCUUAAUAUUCGCUCUUCUCCAUUUAUGUCUGUGCUACUACUAGAAAAGCAAUGGAUGAUAAUUUAUCAGGUAAUGAUAAACUUGAUAAAUUAUCUUUAUUUUGUAAAUUCUAUUUGGUCUGUAUUAUCAAUGAUAGGGAUACUGAAACUCAGAUACUAGGAGCCUAAUCUACCUAGACCCUGUAAGAUAUUUGGUAAAAACCGUGUUCAGGAUUUGGAUUCUUCUUUGUUCCAGAUUUAA